CUUAUGUUCGACACUCUUGACGAUGGAGUUUGGUGGAGUACACAUGUAAACAAAACCUCCCCUUCUUCUGUCUUGACUGAAAGGCUUGCAAGAAGCAGCAGCAUACCCGCGGCCACGGCCAAGGAGAAGGAGAAAUGGAUCAACGGAAUAGAAAGUUUCGACGCUCGCGUUCGCGCCAUUCGCUGUUGAUCCGCCGUCCGGUGCGGUCGUAACUUUCUGAUCCGUAAGCAGUGCUCGCACAGCUCCACGACCUCCGGUGUGUUGUGAGUGUGUGUGUGUGUGGGAAAAGUAAAAAAAAGAUACCCCAAAAAAAGGAGUGCACGAUGAGAUUAGGAUCACCGAUCAUCUUACAACAUUUUAAAGGAUAAAUAAGUGACAUCAGUGUGAACCUACAGCGGUGAAAUCCGGUGUGCCACCCGAAGGGAAAACCGAGAGAUAGUUGAAAAAGUUCGGUGAAAUUCCACUGCGUGCGUGUGCAAGUGCCUGCCAGUGUUUUGUUGGUGUGUGAGAAAGUGCGUGUGUGUGUGCCAGUGUGCGCGCUUGUGCGUUCCUUUCGUUCUGUGAAGCGAGGAUUGCUGGUGACAGAGCUUACGCGAACGGAAGUGAAGUGGGUCACGACGACGACGACGCAGGAAGGAAAAGCGUGAAAAGGAUAACCCUCGAUUUUUAAGUGUCCAGGGGUCAGUGUGCAGUUAUGAAUGUUUAAGGUGUCCAACGCUCGAGGACGCAUAUUCCCGUGAAGUUUUCAGCAGAACAGCGAGCAAUAAAAUCCCGUGGAGGAUUCUGAACUCCAGCCAUCCAGCCAUCGUGCAACCCGAACAGAGAGCCUGCCAACCUGAAGGAUGGGAAAACGAACCCAACUGCUCCCACUGGGAGUAACACUGGGUACGGUACUGUUGCUACUUACCACCAGCUUUGCCUUCGCCACCGCAUACACCUUCGACGAUGACUUUGAGGAUCUAAUCGCGGAAGAAUCGAACGUGGACGAGGAACUGCUGCCCGGGUCCGUUUUGCUACCAUCGGACGUAUUCAACGAUGGCAAACCAUUCCUGGUUGAUCGUGAUCCCUCCACCGGAGCGAUCGAUUUCCUGCACAAGAAGACGGGCAAUCAGAUCGAUCUCGGUGACAGCAAACCGUACGAACCGAUCAAGGAUAGUUACGUGAGCGACAAGAAGGAUGUGAUCAUACACCAGUCGACGCCCAACUUUCACGACUUUCUCAAUCUGCCCAAGAUGUACUCGCCCGAGAACUUUGUGUCGAUAUCGAGCUCGUACGCGAACCUCAAGUAUCAGGGCAUCAACAAGGGUUCGAACCAUCGGGAUCAUGUUAACACACACAUCGUAGCUGCCACUUCGGCAACUGCUGCACCAACCACAAGCACUACGACGACACCGGCACCGGCGACUUCGACAAAGUAUUUCUACAACAGACCACAUUACACCGUAGGCAACUACAAUCGACCGGGGCCUGGAUCGGCUAGCUCCAACUCUUACUAUAGCUUCCCUGCCACGUCGGGACGACCGAUUACGACUCCGACUACCACUACUACGACUACAACGACUACCACUACCACGACCACACCAGCCCCAACAACGACCACGACCGAAGCACCACGAACUACGGUUAACUCACAAAAGCAACUGUUCACUCGUUACCCUUACAAGAGCACGAUCAAAAACAAGUACCUUGAGACAUCCGAACAGACGCGCAAAAAGUUCUUCCUUCCGUCGACACUUGCACUACCGGGGCCGACGACUACCACGACCGAACGGGCUCCUUCCACACCGAUGCGAUCCUCCACGUACUACUCCCCCUCGGUAAGGCCCCAGUGGCCCACGACCUACCAGACACCGACCACCACACUGAGCACCGUCUCCGUGGCCGCCUCUACAGCUCCCGCCAAUCCGGUUCGCUUCGUAGACGAUGCGGUGGAGCAGCAGCACAAGAUCAAGUUCACCAUGCCCGCGCUCAAGUACGAAGGCUCCAGACCAGCACCUUUCCGGCCGAUGCCAUCGCAGCAGGAAGGUACGGUGCCGGAUCGGGAAGCGGCAGCCAGCAAUUCGAACACCAAGAUCGAUCUGCCCAAGAAUCCUGCCGUCAUGUCACUGUCGGAUAUCUUCAGCACGCUCGAGCAGAAGAAGCGUAUCGAAUCCCAGCAGGCCGAAAACAAUCGGGUGGAGGAGGUGGAAGAAGUGGCGGAGCAGGAACACGAUUUGCCAACGACUCCUCCUGCAAUUGUGCUGUUGAAUGAUGGGUCGGCCGGAUCGGUGACGAUAGGAUCUAGUGGUCCGCGGAUUGAGCAGUCGAUCGAUCUGUCCGAUCAGUACGUGCGAUAUGAGGUUCAUCCGCAAGCUCAGGGCCCACCGAGCAGACCGUCGCUGGUGGAGACACAGCAUCAGCAACACCACCAGCAACACCACCAGCAACAUCAGCAUCAGCAGCAUCAGCAGCAACAGCAACAAUACAACCAGUUCCAAGUGCAGCAGUCGAAUGGACAUCGUCCUCAACCACCAGCGAUGGAUGUGAUGGGUGGUUCGUACGUCAAGUACGAAGUACAGCAACCGCAGCUGAACGUGGUGAAGUAUGGAGCAGUUCCAAGCAUGAACAAUGUCGUCAUUAGUCCUAACCAGAACUCGGCCACAUUCGUUCUCGGAUCGCAACAGUCCGUUGGCAGCAGCAUUGGAUCGUCAAGUCGUCCCGAGGGUGCUGGCCAUUUCGUCGGGUCUGUGUCGCAAGAUUCAGCCUCAGCGGCAGCGCUGAGCGCUGGUCGACCCUCGUAUCAGAUGGGUCAGGUUCUGGAUGAGCCACACGAUCAGACCAACGUUGGGGCAUCAGUUCAGGUGCAGGUGAAACCGCAAGAUAUCAUCAAGACAACGAGUGUCCGCUUCCCUAGCGAAUCGGACGACAAGUACGAUAAUGCACCCAUCAUCAGCGGAACACACAAAUCCGAAGUGCUGCCUCCGAACGGACAUUCAGCUCCAGUACGCAACGAUCAGAUGGUUGUGUUUCCUCCUAACCAAGACAUCGCUAGCACACUGCACGAGGUCUCGAACCGUAUCGUCUUUGACUCGCCUGCGCCACCGAGCGAUACACUCAACCGGAACGAACUAUCAAUCGCCCCCAAUCCGAACUAUCCGGCUGACUUGCCCGAACAGCUUACGCCUCCAUCCGGUCCGGAGAGACCAGAUCUGAUUAAGCAACGACCUCGACCGCCGGUGCCUGCUCAAGGACCACCGUUCCGAUACAGCGAAAUUCAACGACGUCCCUCAACGUAUCCAAGCGAUCGUCCUUCCCGGCCAACACUCACCCUACCGAACAUUCUACCUCAGUUCCGACCGAACGCGAAAAUCUCCCAAGGACAUCCACCGUACAUGAAAGAACCAGGAACGUACCGUGUCCCUCCUUCGGGCAUGCUCGUAAAGACGGGUCCUCCACUUCGCAAACCUGCCGGCUAUAACGUUCCCAACAGCCUUCCACCGACGACAGCAGUACGACGAACGCCUCUUCCGACACGGCUCAUGACACGCCUCAGUCCCGCUCCGAGCCGUCCGCAAAUGCAUCCAGCAUCGGCCGAGCUGGAGAACCGUCGCUACUACCGACUGCCGCCACCACCACCACCGCCAGCAAUGAUCAAGGAUCGCGUGUACAACAUUCAACCGCCACGUCUACAGCCACCACCACUCCCACCACAACCGGCCGGAACUCCAACGACCAACAUCAUACCGCAGGCCGUUACUUCCUCGGAAAAACCGAACGAACCACUAGAGGACAGCGAAUUCCACCGCAAUCCACCACAGAUUUUGCGCAACAUACUUAAGGACGAUCAACAACAGCGUCCCAAGCUCGAACCCGUUGUAACACUGCAGAUGCUACAGUCGAAGAAGCAGGCAUCAUCCAUCAAUUCCCCAGCCGCACAAGAUUCCGUCGGCGAGGAGAGUAGCGUUGUGGUGACUGGAUCGGUACAGACGCAGCAGCAAGACACCGGCAACAAGGAUCGACCGGUUUAUGUCGUUUAUCCGGUAAAGAGUACUCCAGUAAGAUUGGACAACAAACCAAACGGUGAUCCAAUUGUGGUUGGACACCGUGGUGAGCAGCACCCGUCGAAACCGAUUAGUCCUGGCACGGAGUACCAGAACACACCCUUCUCGAUUGCUUCCCACUUUGAGCAAGAACCGAUCCUAACGGCAAAACACAGGAAACCGAACCCCAACGGCAAACUCAACUUCCCGUACAAUCUGGAGAAACCGGACCCGUUCGCACUGGCUCAGCAACUUGAUAAGGAGCAAUCGGCAGGACAACCGGCCCAGGACCUUUCGGAUUCAGACUCCGAGUAUAACCUUGGGGAGGAACCAACGAAUGUUCGCGACCAGGAUCAGGAUCUGAUUUCGAGCAAGUUGCAGCGCUUCCAGACGGACAGUACUCCCAUUGCGAUCGCUUACACUCCAACGGAAUCUAGCCCACUGGGGUCGAACAAUAUGCGGUACAGCAAACCGGUAGGGGGGUACGAAUCGGCCGCUAGCAAUUACUACUAUUCGCCGUAUGGUGAAACACAGACGGAAGUGUCCUAUCUGAAGAUUGACGAUGUUGACGAGUUUGGUAAUCCAUCUCGACGCUACGAACAGAGCUUCCAGGCACCGUUCCAGGCUAGCAUGAGUCUCGAUCCGGUUAAGGUGACCAAUCCGUACGAAGGAUGGGCCGUAGUAACGUCUUCUCCUCAAGCACUGAAGCUCCAACAGCAGCAAACGAUCAGCAAACCCGACCCUGUCCGUCAGCAUAACAGUCCAAACUCGAUCGAUCGUUCCGACACUGGUGACACUACCUCAACGGGCACAGGUGAUGAUGGUGCUGAUCGUCCAUCAGCAGUUACCGCAUCGUCCGCAUCCACCACCACCUACGAUCCGAACAGCUUCCAGCCCGAACUGCAGGGUGGAUUCCGACCGAUCUACGGGGCGGAUAUGAAGCUGAGCGAACAACUCAAUCCCGAUCCUCAGCGUUCGAGCAUAGCCGAUCUGUUCGCGGAAGAGAAUGGUAAUGAAGCUGCCGAAGCGCCACAGAACGCUACGACCAAGCUGCAGCCGGUGGAAUCGAAACCGAAGGUGGUGAAAAAGGAGGAACCGGACAGUGGAAUGGAUCUUGAUCUGGAAGCGUUUUUCGAUCAGUUUACGAAGGACUACGAUGAUGGGGAUGGCGGUUUGGAUGAUGUGACCAUGAGCGAGGAAACGACGAACGAAACUUUGCCGGGCGGUGGUAGUGAUGAAAGUCAGUACCGUAGCGAAGGACGAAGCAGUAAUGGGGCGUCCGGGGAGAAAAGUGUAAGUUCCUCGACGGAAAGUCCGACUACGGCAGCAGCUCCGACGGUAGAAGAGUCUGUCACGAAAGCGACGUGAGCACUACUAUCAAAGAGAAACUGGCCUUCAAAUACUACUCCUAUCCUUAGGUAUGAAUUCCUCGGUGGAUAUGAAUGAGAUACGUGUGUGUGUGAGAGAGAUUGCGCGUGAGUUAGAUGAAUGAAUGCGAACCUAGGGGAUGUGGACGAGGUACAGAGUUAAGUUGGGUAAUGGGAUGGGGUUUGCUCGUGGAACCGUAGAAAUCACCCAACUUGCAAAGGAAACAAAUGGCCAAUCCAACCGGAGAGCAGCACAACCGUUGACAAAACCCCCAUAAUCCUCCGAAGCCAAUGGACGAUUGCGAUGAAUUUAGAAACAGUGCGGACGUCCGGCGGUACCGAAUCUUGAGUAUCUAAUGUUAAGCAAACACCGGCCACCAUCUUACAAGGCUACCAUCGCGAAACCGAGCGGGUUGCGGGUGCCGAUGCCGUUGGACGAUGGUGCACACGCUAGUCAAUAAAACGGCGGCCACAAUCCAAAACCUGCACCAUAGAAGGAAAACGGAGAAACAAUGGACGAAAUUCACAACGGAUGUAGGAGUAGGUGUUUGUCUGGUUUGUCUAGGGUGUAAGCAAGAAGGCGGAAGGGAACAAUGCUAACGAUAAAGCAUCGAUUGUCCGAGCUUAAUAUUGGAUACUUGAUACUAGAGACAGACACGACAAUUCCUAACCGAACGGGGGUUGAGAAUUGGGGAUAUUGUAUUGAAUAGUUCGAGCUUCAAUGUUCUUACGUACGGUCGAUCCUUAGAAAAUGAUUCCCAGCCGACAGGGUAGAAGAAAACUACUUAAGCCUGUCCUUAAUCCGAACCCCUUGAUUAAAAGUAGAAGUAAGGAUGCAAACUCCAUUCAGACCAUAUAUGCUAACGUUGAAAUGUUACAACGGGAGGG